UUUUGCGGCAUGAUUGAUAAGAAAAAUUCGAAAAAUUCGAAAAAUUGAAAAAAAUGAUUUAUUUCAUUUCAAUUUUCUUCUAAAAUAAUGUCUUUUCGAAAAUUUUAUCGUUUAGCGAGUAUUCUAGAACGCUAUAUCCAUCCUGCGGCGAGGAAUACACAAUGGUGUGUAAAAUAUAACUAUUCAACCGAUGCGAAAGCACUUCGUAGUAAGAAGGGAAAGUCUUCCCUGAGAUUCGCUAGAGAUUUCGUUGACUCGCGACUCGUACGUACUCGUGCGGGUAGCGGUGGAGAAGGAUGCAUUUCAUUUUUACAAUUAUUUUGUAACGAGAACGCUGGCCCUGACGGAGGAGAUGGUGGAAACGGUGGACAUGUCAUUUUCGAAACUCAUACCGACGUGCAAGGAUUAAAUCAUGUUAAAACAGUUUUAGAAGCUGAUGAUGGUGAAAAAGGAUACGGUAAAAGUUGUCAUGGUCGAAAUGCCAGUCAUACGAUAAUUAGGGUUCCUGUCGGUACCGUAGUCAAAAAUGAAUACGGCCGCGUUGUUGCUGAUUUAAAUGAAGAAGGUAUGAUGUUUUUGGCUGCUCGAGGAGGUGCAGGAGGCAAGGGUAACUCAUUUUUCGCUUCUGAUCUUGAUCCAACGCCUAAAGUAGCUGAAAUUGGAGCUGAAGGAGAAAACACCGUAUAUACUCUCGAAUUAAGUAGCAUGGCUCAUUUUGGACUGCUGGGAUUCCCUAAUGCUGGAAAAAGCACUCUUUUGCAAGCUGUCACUCGAGCUAAUCCUAAAGUUGCCGCAUAUCCAUUUACUACAUUAAAGCCUCAUUUGGGUGUUGUACAGUAUGACGACUACGAACAAAUCACAAUCGCCGAUUUACCUGGUUUGAUUGAAGGCUCGCAUCAAAACAAAGGUCUCGGAAUUACGUUUUUAAGGCAUGCUGAAAGAUGUAUGGGAUUAUUGAUACUUUUAGAUAUGAGCGCAUUAGACCCUUGGGAUAAUUUAAAAAUAUUACGUCAUGAAGUUUUGUGCUUCAGUCAAUCGUUGUGUGAUAGGCCUCAAAUUAUCGUUGCUAAUAAAAUGGAUGUACCUGGAAGUGAAGAAGCUUUGAAAGAGCUAAAGAAGAGGCUUCGAAAUGAAAUAAUUGUACCAGUUUCUGCAAAACAUGGUCUCAAUUUAACGCAACUUCUGAGUGAAAUGAGAAAUAUUUACGAUAAGCAAAUCGCCAGAAGAAAAAGACAGUUGGAUAAGGAUAGUACUCGUGCUUCUUAUUUACCCUUGGGUUGAAUAAAUUCUAUUUUUGGAACAUUUUAUGAAUUAUGGGCAGAAUUAAUUAUUGUGUAAUAUAAAAACGAAUAAAUUUGUUGACUAUUAUCGUAAA